AUGGCUCCUUCUGAUCUUCUGAGCUCGGAAGAGUGCCAGAGAGUCGUAAAGAGCUGGCUGGCCGACGAUCAUUUCGAAAUUGUGGACGUACAGGUCCGGCCCUUGAGUGACGAGGUCAGUGGUUUCCUGGGGUCGCACCUCAAAGUCAGCAUUAAUGUUAGGCUUGGCAAGGAACGUAAAGUCACACAGUUGGAGUUCUUUGCCAAAAGUAUGCCGUCAGAGGCUUCUUCGUUCCACACGGACUUCAUCAACUCCAUACACUGCUUCGAGAAGGAGACCGCUUUCUACGACAUUGUGGCCCCACGGCUGGUAGAGGCACAGCCGGCAGACUCGCCCGCGUGGGCGCCGCGGUGCCUACUGACGCGGCCCGACCUGGUGCUGCUCGAGGACCUAUCGGCCCAGGCGUUCCGGGUGCUGGACAGCCGCGCGCCGCUGGACCUGGAACACUGCCGCCUCACGCUGCGCACACUCGCCGCCUUCCACGCCGCCUCCAUCUUGCUGGAACGCCGCGCUGGAGUACCUCUAGACACGCUCUUCCCAGAGGUCAUUCACUUGGUCUUCCAGAUAUGUAAGGAGAACCUUCUCACUGGCGAAGAGGAGAACUUGGCCACCGGGUGGUUCCGCACAAGCGUGAAAGGAAUCUGCAGCUUAGCUGAGUUGAUACGACCGGGCGCAGACAAGGCACGAAUUGAGGACACGUGCUGGAAGCUGCUGGAUGCUAUUCAACCAUCCACGAAGUACCGGAACGUUUUGACGGAGGGCGACGUCUGGGUGAAGAACCUCAUGUUUUCCUACGUUGGUGAGGGAAGGCCCUCAGAGGUGCGGCUGAUCGACUUUCAGCUCGUCAGAUACGUUCCUCCAGCCUAUGAGAUCGGGUUUUUCCUGCACCUGUCCACCUCCCGCGAGUUGCGCUCCGCCCACCUCGAGGACCUGCUGCGCGAGUAUCACAGCGCUCUGACGUCACGGCUGGCGGCUGGCGGGGUGGACGCGGCGCGCGAGCUGCCGUGGCCGCAGCUGGUGAGCAGCUACCGGCAGCUGCGCCUCGGUGGGGUCGUCAUGGCGCCCGCCCACCAUCAACUGACCGCCAUGACCGGUGACGUCGCCAGGAAGUACGUGUCGGCGGCCGACUUCCAGCACUUCAUGGUCCGCGACCGCGACCAGGAGUUGCGCCACGUCUUCCUUUCUGAUCCCGUCUACAGGAAAAUCCUCACGGAAGAUAUUGAAGAGCUUCUGGACUGGAAAUAG